AACUGGGCUCCUUCAGGUUUGAGGAGCAGGGGAAUGGCGGAUGUUCACAUUUUCGGUGACGAGGGAUGUAAACAGCUACCCGCUCUCUUCUCCAAUGGCGUCUUCUACCAAGAUAAUCCCGUCGGCCAUGUCUUCCCCCUUUUCUUACUCCAGAUAGUCCUCAUCGUCUUCACGUCCCACGCCAUCCACCUCGUCCUGCGCCCCCUCAAGCAACCUCGCGUCGUUUCUUACAUGAUUGGUGGAAUUCUUUUAGGACCAACAUUUCCGUAUCUACUAACUCGAGCGUUUACCUUGUCUCAUUAUAUAUUCGCCCUCGGUGGCGCGGCACCCAACUACGAGGACGUCAAAGCAGGGUAUUUGGAUGUCGUUUUCCGGGAUGAAGGGGUUUCCUUGCUGCGCACCGUAGCGUAUCUCGGCCUCGACCUGCAUUUCUUCAUGAUCUGUGUCAAGACGAACCCGCGCCAAAUGCUGCAGUUCGGGAAGAAGGCCUUUGUCAUCGCCGUCUCUGCGGUGGUCGUGCCUUUGUUCAUCCUUUCCCAAAUGAAAAGCUUGUUCAAGGUUCAGCGAGGCAUUGUCAUAGAGGGCAUCGGCUCACGCCUAGCCCUCGACUAUAUCAGCAUGGCCGUGAGCAUGACCACGUUUCCUGUGGUGGCCGACAUCCUCUCUGAGCUCCGACUGCUUAACACCGAGCUCGGCCGCCUCACCAUUGCCGCGUCCAUGAUCAACGACAUCGGCACCAGCGCUUGCUUAAUCAUCAGGGCGUUAGUGAGGAAGUGCCUACGAAUGCACCUCAGUUUUCUGGAAGCAGCACAGAAGAUGACGGGCUACAUCUUCUUGAUAGUGCUCCUCGUCUUCGUGUUCGAUCCAUGGGCACGGUUGAUCGUGAGUCGCACCCCGAAGGGUGGCCGCGUCUGGGAGGGGCACAUCUUGAUGAUAAUGCUCGCCGCGUGCGCCAUGGGCGCUUUCAGCGACGCCUUCCUGUUAUCACACUGGGAAGGGCCAGUCUACAUGGGGCUCCUCAUGCCCGACGGGCCGCCGCUGGGGACGGCGCUCUUGGAUCGGGCAAACUUCGUCCCCACGGAGCUGCUGCUUCCUCUCAUCUUCUUGAACGCCGGCAGGUGGAUCGAUUUCACGAUGAUCAACCACCCUACGGUGUUUGUGGGGCUGGUGCUGUACAUGUUUGCAGGGUACGCCGCGAAGGUCCUCGCCGUGAUGGUGCCGGCCAUAUACUGGAACAUAUCGGUUCGCAACGCUGCCAUGCUGGGCCUCAUGCUCAACUUUAAUGGCCUCGGGCAGAUCGCCAGCUACAUGACCUACGCAGAUCAAUAUUCCGAAAAAGCUUUGCUGUUGCCUCAGGCCUAUGUGGCGGCCAUACUUUCUUGCAUGACUAUGACGGUGAUAAGCUCGACGCUGGUGGCCAUCUUCUACGAUCCGCUGAACGCCAGGCAUGUCAUGGGGUGUCGAACGGUGCAGCACCUGGAGCCGCAGGCCGAGUUCCGCCUGGUGGCAUCGCUGCUUGACGAGGAGCCCGUGGCGCUCUUGCUCGACCUCGUGGAGGCGUCGCGCGGCGACGAGCAGAGCCCGAUGUGCGUCUACGUCCUUCACCUGACGGAGAUCAUGGGGCGGGCGAGCUCCAGCCUCAUCGCUCACAAGAACAAGAAGGGCAGCAUCGACGCGCGGCAGAUGGACCGCCUCCACAGCGUCUUCAUCAACUACGAGCAACUGAAGGAGGGGAUGGUCGUCGUCCAGCCGUUCACUGCGAUCUCUCCCUACAAGACCAUGCACCACGACAUCUGCUCGCUCGUCAUCGAGAAGAACGUCCACCUCGUCAUCGUCCCAUUUCCGAGGAAGGAGACUGGGGCCAACGUUGAGGUCCAUCGGGCGGCUCGUAGCAUCAUCCCCAAUGUACUGUCUCAGGCUCCCUGCUCGGUCGGUAUCCUCGUCCACCACCCGAUCACCGGCUUCGGGCAAACCGUGCCGCGGCAGUACCGAUACCACAUCAAGAUCCUGUUCUGGGGUGGCGCCGAUGACCGGGAAGCACUGUCUUUUGGCGCGCGCAUGGCGCGGCAUGUAGCCGUCACCACCGUAGUCCUCCGCUUCCUCCCGGCCGUCGAUCGCGAGAUGGACGAGGACUUUCUCCAGGAUGAAGAUCUCUUCAACGAGUUCAAGACCGAGCACGCGGGGAACAAGCGCGUGGAGGUGGAGGAGGUGGCGGUGAGCGACGUCGAGGAGGCAGUCGCGGUCAUCAAGUACUUCGAGAAGGACUACGACCUCGUGAUCGUGGGCCGGCGGCAGGCCUGGAACUCGUUGCUCAGCGAAGGAAUGGAUGACUGGAGCGAGUCACCGGAGCUGGGAGUGGUGGGGGACAUCUUGGCCUCGUCGGAGUUUGCCAACACCUCGUUUUCAGUUCUUGUAGUCCAGCAAUAUGUACACAAAUAA